CUUUUCCAUUAUUUUUUACUAUUAUUCUUCAAAUUCUCAAGUAGCUUCGAGGGUGCCUAAUGGAAGGGGAAACCCUAAGGAAUGCCGAUUAACCUCGGUGCUUUGAUGAAGGACGAUUCUCUGUGACUUGCCAAUAUCAUAAUUGACAGUGUCCGCCAGUAACCCUAAUUCCUCGAAAUGUCAUCAAUUGCCUCUAAACUUCCGGCCAAAGCUUCAGUGAGACUUCUCACUGUCGCUUCAAGACCAUUGCUAGUUCGCUCCCUCAGCACCGUCUCCGAGGAACGAACCCAGAAACUCGAGAGGAUCGCCGAUGAGAUGCUCGACCUUACUAAAAUCGAACGGCACGACUAUGCCAUCCUCUUCCGGUUGAAAAUGGGGUUAAACAAGUACGGGCCUGCAGUUUCUGGGAUAAGUGGAGCAGGUUCAGCCGCCGCUGGAUCUGCCUCUGCCGUAGCAAAGGAGGCUGAGAAAACCGUGUUUGAUAUAAAGCUCGAGAAAUUUGAUGCGGCGGCGAAGAUCAAGAUCAUAAAGGAGGUAAGAACGUUCACUGAUUUGGGUCUGAAGGAGGCUAAGGAUUUGGUGGAGAAGGUGCCCGUGGUGCUCAAGAAGGGAGUAACGAAGGAUCAGGGAAACCCAAUUAUUGAAAAGCUUAAGGAAUUGGGAGCUACUGCGGUACUGGAAUGACUGUUUUUUCCCCCUCGUCAUUUCGUUUGUUCGUUCUGGAGUAGAAUAACGCUGCCACUUGUUUGAGUUCUCCACUGGAUUUUCAAUGAGAAUCACUUCAUUUCUGACGUUCUUAGGCGGACCUGAAGAAUUUAACAAAUUCAUAUUCCUCAUGUAAACGAAGAGCAUGAAUCUGUUCUAAUAGCUCUUCCUAUCUUUCUCUACUCAUGUGAAAUGUGAUAUAUGCUUUUAGUUUUGCAAAAUUUCCUUGAGGUGAGCCUGAGAUUGUUGAAGAGCAAUGAAAGAAUUCUCAUUCCGCUA